AUGGAGGUCUACCGAAUUCCAGACCUCACAAAAUGUCGCUUAUUGGCUGCAACCGUUAGGGAUGACGCUCACCACUGGGCUUCCGUUACUUAUGCCCCAUCUACCAACACUCUGGCUAACAUUAAACAGAAGGAAGAUGAGACACUGAGGGAAUAUUUCAAACGCUUCAACUCAGAGGUUCCCCGUGUCAGGCCAACAUCAAAGGAAACCCUGAAGAAUUUCUUGAUAGCAGGGGUAAGGCCUGGAACAGAAUUCUGGAAGGAGUUGCAGGGACGAGAGCCUAAAACCCUGGCUGACUUCUUUGCUAGGGCGGAACCCUAUAAAAUAAUUGAGGAAUCUCUUGCUAAGCUGAAGAAGGAGUCGAAGUUCGAAAGUCGUAGCAACUGGAAAAGAAAAAGGGAUAGGUCUUACAGCCCAGAAAGGAGAAACACCUAUAAGAGGAACCCCUACACAAGGCCUACUGGUGAGAAGCCCUCAAGCCGAGAUGGCAAAACCUCACCUAUCACUGUGAAUGCAACCAGCACACAGGGCUUCGACAAAUCAAGGCUAACGCUGAGGAAGACCAGGGAUCCAAGGUACAAUGAGUAUACACCUCUCACAGCCUCCAUAGAGCAUAUUUUCGAGGUUGGGGACAAGGCAAGGCUCUUCAGAAAGCCUUUUCGAAAUGGACCCCCCGGAAACAAAGACCAGGAGAAAUAUUGUGCUUUCCACGACCUGAAUGGGCAUGAAACGGCGGAAUGCGUGCACCUCAAGGAUCACAUAGAGGAUCUCAUUAGAAGUACUGGAUACCUGACAGAAUUUGUGGCCCAAGAGGCUAAAAAAUAUAAGGACCAGAAGGCCGAAAAGGCUAAUGAACAAGGAACCAACCGUAACACCCGGGCUGGCAGCGUGCAAAUGAUCAUCGGAGGACCUUUUGUGGGAGGCCAGGGACGCAGUGGUAUGAAGAGAUAUGUGCGGGAAGCCCGAGGGCAACCCCUAACUAAUGUGUGCCACCUGUCUGAGAGGCCUCCUAAAAUGUUUAAAGGGGAGACCAUGGACAUUACCUUUACUGAGGGGGAUGCGCGCACAGUACACCAUCCUCAUAGCGAUGCCCUGGUAGUAUCAGCCGUGAUCGGGAAUAUCAAUGUGCACAGGCUUCUCGUGGACAACGGAAGCUCUGUCAACAUUCUGGCUUACAGUGCAUACCAAAGAAUGAAGAUGGCAGAUAAGGACAUGAUGGCUUGCUAUAAUGAAUUAUAUGGCUUCACGGGAAACGCUGUACAAAUUAUUGGAAGGGUGAGGCUGCCAAUCACCCUUGGAGUAGAGCCGCUGGCUACCACUCAGGUUGCAGAAUUCAUGAUAGUGAAUGAGGACAUAUCCUAUAACGGGAUCCUGGGCAGACCAAUCGUUAGGCACAUGCGGAUUGUAACUUCAAUCUACCACCUAUCCAUGAAAUUCCCAACCCCGAAUGGAGUAGGGUGUGUACAGGGAUGCCAAGCUGACUCCCGAGAAUGCUAUAGCAGGGCUUUGAGGUCUGCAGUGAAGGCCUGCAAGGAGGUCCAACUUGUGGAUGGAGGCAUCCCGGAAAAUUAUUACAAACAAGUGGAGCCAGAGGAGAAACCUGAGGCGAAAACACAGGGAAAGAUAUUGAUAAAAUUUUUGAAAGAGACUUGCAACUUGGUGGUCAUUGUGCAACAUCCGGGGGAAGACUUAUACCUUGAAGCCUCAUAUGCUGGACAUGGAUGA